AAAACAUUCUUCCGCAAAGACCGUUUCACACAUCCGGUUAGUUGUCAUCGGAGGAGUGUAUUGAUUGAUUUCUGGUAUUGUCAAAAUGUCUACAAGAUCGGAGAAAGAACGACAAAAACACUUACAGGAAAAAUACCAGGCUACAUUGGCAAACCUUUUGAAAGAUGAUGAUAACAAAUACUGUGUUGACUGUGAUGCAAAAGGUCCGAGAUGGGCUUCCUGGAAUUUAGGAAUUUUCCUUUGUAUCAGAUGUGCAGGAAUACACAGAAAUCUUGGUGUACAUAUAUCAAAAGUCAAAUCUGUAAAUUUAGACACAUGGACUGCCGAACAAGUAGCAAUGAUGAUGGAGGUAGGGAACAGUAGAGCCAGAGCAGCCUAUGAAGCACAGGUACCAGACAGUUUCCGAAGACCACAGACAGACUCAGCUCUCGAGUCCUUUAUAAGAGCAAAGUAUGAACAUAAAAAGUAUGUUGCCAGAGAAUGGGUGGUACCUAAGCCAACUAUACCAAAGGAGUUAAAAGGAGACACGCUGGAAAUGGAUGAAAAAUCAGAGAGAAAGAAAAGACCAAAACAACAGUCAUCUAUACAAAUAGAGGCUCCUAAAUCCAGUGUACCAAGAACACAACCUGUAGAAAAGAAAACACAGAACACAAACCCCCCUCCAGUACAGACUAAACAGACCUCCAAUACAGAAGAUUUACUUAGUCUUAAUACAUCACCUGCAAAACAACCAGCUACACAAUCAUCAGAUUUACUAGGAGAUUUAGUAGAUAUCAUGGGGCCAACUGUAUCAACUAGUCAAAAUGGCAAUAUUCAGUCUAGUCAACCGUUAGAUUCAGGAACAAAGAUGCCAAAUGGUGAUUUAGAAGCUUCAUUAUUUGAUGAUGGUGCAGCUAAAGUUCAGGAAAAAUCCACAAAAGAUUCCAUCUUGGCCUUGUAUGGUCCUAGUAGUCAACCUCAACAACAGCCAAUGUAUGGUGUACCUGGUGGCACACCUUAUUACAAUGUGCCACAAAGUGAUAUGGGAUAUUAUAAUCAGUACGAUACAGGUGGUAUGUACAUGCCUCAACAGAAUAUGGGAAUGUAUGGUGUGCCACAACAACACGGCAUGAAUAACCAAGGUAUGCAACAACAGCCCAUGAUGAAUAAUCAAGGAGGUAUGCAACAACAGCCCAUGAUGAAUAAUCAAGGAGGUAUGCCACAAGGUGGAAUGUCACAAGGAGGAAUGCCACAACAGCCCAUGAUGAAUAAUCAGUAUAAUCCACAGUCUGGACAAAUGCCACAGAAUCCUAACAUGUAUGGUAUGAUGGGACAACAGAAUAUGCAGCCCUCAAUGGGAAUGUAUAAUCAGCAACCACAAAUGGCUGCUGUCCAGUCCAUGCAGUAUAAUCAGAUGCAGCAACAGAUGAAUAAUAUGAGAUUAAAUUCUGGUAACAUGGUUGGACAACCUGUUGGAGCAACAACCAAUGGAGGAAUGGGUAACUGGGGAGCUCAGGGCAAUAGUGGACAUACUCUCUCUACAAAUCUUUGGCAAUGAUGACGUUAUAAUUAGGCUGAAUUGUAGCAUUCCAUUUGUUCAUGUGAUGGUAUUGUUAAUUUUAGAAUUGUUUAAUGAGAAGAUGAAUGUAUGAAUUAGUGGAUGCUAAAAACUUUUGUCACUGUCAUUACAUAAAGUGUAUUAUUUCUUGAACUCAGGUGGUGCCUCUACUAGUCAUUGCCUGAUUAUGAUGGAAAUCUGCCAUAAAGCCAUUGACAGUACAUAAGUUUUAUAUAAUUAAUUGCUUUCAAUGCAGGUGUUCAAUUUAUUAUCAAUAUAAGAAAAUAGCAUCAUAGAAAUAAUUUCCAUAGAGAUGAAAAUUGGUGAAAAUUAUAGAGUUGUUGAACCUUUAACAGAUUUGGUAUAAUUGAUGUGAAUGUGGUAUGAAUGUGUAUUUUAUAUCUUGCUGGAUCAAGUUUGAUGAAAACAUUGAACUGUAAAGUAUUAUUAUCAGCCAUGUAGGGAAAGUAUGGUAAUGAAAUGUGAUGUGUCAUGUCAAAACUACAUGUAUUUUUCUAUGAACCUUUGCUUAUUCAUUAAUUUUAUUAUAAAUACAAUUGCUUGUUUAUUUGAAAAAGGGUGAUAUUAAAGUAUAUUUGACAAAUCAAAUUCAUACACAAAAAUGACCAAGGGCAAAGGAAAAGCUCUAACUUAAUGUUGUUUUUCAUUUUAAACUUUAGCAAUGAUACAAAAUGUAAUAUCUGCAAUAUAUACCAGUAUACAAGAUUGUAACUGCCUCUUAAAAUUAUUUUUUGGUUUGUUUUUAAUUUGAAUUUUGUUUUUAUUCAGCAACUAUUAUUGUGUUACUUUAUAAACAGAAUGUAUUCUUUUAUUAUCAUCAGAAAAUCUAUGAAUUGAUACUAAGUUAUAGUAAAUAUAUUUUGUAAUAUUUGUUUACAGUGCAAAUUCAUAAUUUGAAAGCCAUAAAUACCACAAAAGCAAAAUAUUCCACAGUACUUAUUGAAUGACUUAUUAAUACAUGUUUAUAAUGAAAGAGACCAUUAUGCAAAUAUAAAGAUAAAUAUGUAUUUCCAUAGUUUUUUAUAUACAAGGUGAGGGUAGCACAAAAGGUCAUUCAGCAAUCAUACAGUCCAUGCUUUCAGAAUGUAAAUGUGUCUGCAUUUUUUUUUUAAGUAACAAAUUAUAUCCUGGAAGGAACAGUUUUUUUUUAUUUUCUAUUUUAUCAUUAAUACAAUGUAAAUAUUCAAAAUGAGGUUUAUAACAUUUAUUGAAUUUAGAUUCUAUAUAGUUCUAGGUGAAUGAAAAUUCAGAUUUUAUAGGUCGAGAUAAAUGAUAAUUCAGUUUUUAUAGGUCAAGGUGAAUGGGAAUUCAGAUAUUAAAGGUCAAAGUGAAUGAAUAAAUUGUUGAAUAUUUAUAUGCCACUUGUGCAAUAUCAAGAUUAUAUUCAAUUGGCUUGUUUUUAUUAUCAUUACUUUGGAUGAAAUAUGUGCAUUUUGUUUUUAUCCAGUGGUAUGUUUUGUCACUUAAUUGGGAGUGAAUAUGAUCUAAGACUGUUUUAUAAUCUAAUAGAAACAGAAGGAGCAAUGCAAGCUUAAAUCAUAGAUGCAUAUUGAUGUAUACUGCUUAUAGAACUUUUAGCAAUUUGAUGUUGAAGCACAAACACAAUUUCAUGAUAGUAUUGAAUAAUGAAGGACAAUAAUGAACCUCAGGCUUUUUUUGAGUGUAUAUUAUCUCUACACAUGAACUGUGUUCAAAGACAAUAAUACUCAUGCACUUUAUAUUACCAACAAUGUCUCUAAAUAAAAUAUCAAAAGAUUAUAAAACUAUAUUUGAAUAACA